AUGGCGCUGUCCAGGGCCGCGGCCCGGGGGGGGCUCUGGCGCCUCGGCCCCUCCGCCCUGAGCCCCCCCCGCGAGCGGAUGCAGCCGCAACUCGCUCUGGGCGUGCCCAGGUCCCAGGUGCGUUCCCGGUCCUCCCGCGCCGCCUCCCGCGCCCUCGUGGCCGCCGUGGUCGCCGCAGCCCAGAGGGUGAAUGCCAGCUUCGAGCAGUACUUGCAAAGGAGCUUCCCCCGCUUCUACCUCCUGCACAGCACCUUCAAAACAGGGAUCCAAGCGCUCUUCCUGGAGGUGAAGGAGAUCGGGAAAAUCAAAUCCAGGAUGCGGCGGCAGCGGCUGAGCGCGCGGCAGCUCCCGUACCGCGACAUGGAGCGGCUGCGCCAGGCAGUUCCGCAGGGACGUGCUCAAGGCCAUUCCCAUCGGGAUCAUCGCCAUCCCGCCCUUCGCCAAUUUCCUGGUCAUUGUCUUGAUGUAUUUCUUCCCACGGCAGCUCCUGAUCCGCCACUUCUGGACUCCCAAGCAGCAGCUGGAGUUCCUGGACGCCUACGACCGCGCGCGCCGGCUCUCGUACCCCGACGUGCUGCGCGGCCUGGCGCUGGCGGCGCGGGCCCUGCCCCAGCCCCAGCCCCGGGAGCUCCUGCAGCAGCUCUGCGCUCAGGUGCAGGGAGGCGCCCGGCCGGGCCUGGAGCAGCUCCUGGCCGUGAGGAGUUCCUUCUCCGGCUCCGUGCUGGCGUUGAACGCGCUCCGGGCGGAGCACGCGAGAGCCCUGAGCCGCGUGCUCUUCCUCACCCCGCACUUCCCGGCCUUCCUCCUGCGGCGCCGCCUGCGCAGCCACGUCCUGGAGAUCCGGCACCUGGACCGCGCCCUGCUGCACCUGGGCCCGGGCCAGCUCUCCGAGGAGGAGCUGCGAGCGGCCUGUUACCUGCGUGGGCUGAACCCCACUCGGCUGGGCCGGGCCGAGUGCCGAGCGUGGCUGGAGCAGUGGCUCCGGCUCUCCUGCGAGCUCCGAGCCUCUGAAGCCUCGCUGCUGGCCCACAGCAUGGUCCUGCUGUCCCUCAACUACAGGCAAGCCCCAGAGUGACAGCCCCGUGUCCCCUGAUGGAUCCCACAGUGACACCCCUGUGUCCCCUGAUGGAUCCCAUGGUGACAUCCCUGUGUCCCCUGUGUCCCAUGGAUCCCUGAUGGAUCCCACAGUGACACCCCUGUGUCCCCUGAUGGAUCCCACAGUGACAUCCCUGUGUCCCCUGAUGGAUCACAGUGACAGCCCUGUGUCCCCUGAUGGAUCACAGUGACAUCCCUGUGUCCCCUGAUGGAUCCCACAGUGACAUCCCCGUGUCCCCUGAUGGAUCCCAGUGACACCCCUGUGUCCCCUGGAGCCCUGAUGGAUCCCACAGUGACAUCCCCGUGUCCCCUGAUGGAUCCCAGUGACAUCCCUGUGUCCCCUGAUGGAUCACAGUGACAUCCCUGUGUCCCCUGAUGGAUCCCAGUGACAUCCCCGUGUCCCCUGUGUCCCCUGGAUCCCUGAUGGAUCCCACAGUGACAUCCCCGUGUCCCCGUGUCCCCUGAUGGAUCCCACAGUGACAUCCCUGUGUCCCCUGUGUCCCCUGAUGGAUCCCACAGUGACAUCCCUGUGUCCCCUGUGUCCCUGUGUCCCCUGAUGGAUCCCACAGUGACAUCCCCGUGUCCCCUGAUGGAUCCCACAGUGACAUCCCCGUGUCCCCUGAUGGAUCACAGUGACAUCCCUGUGUCCCCUGUGUCCCCUGUGUCCCCUGAUGGAUCCCACAGUGACAUCCCCGUGUCCCCUGAUGGAUCCCACAGUGACAUCCCUGUGUCCCCUGAUGGAUCCCACAGUGACAUCCCCAUGUCCCCUGGAUCCCCGAUGGAUCCCACAGUGACAUCCCCGUGUCCCUCACCUCAGCCUUUUGUCCCCACCCGGUGAUUCCCGGCCCGGCUCUCCCGGAAUCCCGGCGUUUUCGCCGAGCUCUCCCCUCCCUUUGGAGCCCUGAGGAGAGGUUUGGCUUCCUCAUUCCAGCAAUUAACCGUGCCUCGUUAAUUACGGCGGAGAGCCAGCGGCUCCCCGACCCGGGGACGUUCCCACCACGGCUUUGGUGGCCGUGAAUCCUCGCUGGAGAAUUUUCCUCCGGUUCUUUUCUCUGCUCGACGCUCUUUAAAGGUCACAGCAGCCUCCAAUUCCCAUCCCGGACAUUUGUGGGGUGCUGGGGUUCGGCAGGAGCAGGGGAUUGGGGGGGGUCCCAGGACUGCACCCCCAAAAAUUCAACCUCGUCCAAGCCCCUUGGACCUUUCCUCCAAGCUGCGAGGAUUUGGGGAAUUAAACCCGCCCCUGCAGGAGGAAUUCCCGCCGGCAAAAAGCGGAUUUUCCCCGCGCUCGGUGGUUUAUUAAAGCCCGAAGGAA